GUGUGAUACGUCAGGGAAUUUCCAGUAAGGAAGUCAAGUUUCUCUACAAACUUGAUUCUGGCUGAUAUUCUUGGUAUCAUCAAUGAAAGAAUAUUAUCAUUGAUGUGUCUGCUUGUACUUUCUAAGUACCAUUAGUACCUAGAUUUUUAAAAAGAAGCCGUUAGCUAUAAUUCAAAUGAGGAGAGUACCGUAAGUAGCUUAGGUUAGUGUGUAUCAACAAACACACGCUCAGAAGCCUACAUGGAGCACUAAGUUAGCUAGCUAGCUAGCUACUUUGUUUUUAAUCAUUCAGUAUUUGCUUUCGGCCAGGCAACAAAUUCAUGUUGAUCCUCUAUCUUGGACACUUUUUCGCAAAGGAACCAUGACUGAAGAGGAUGCAUAUCACCCACAGUUCAUUGACUAUGAUCCGUGGAUUCAGCCCAUGGACCAGGCUUUCCCGGCCAUGCCCCACACCAGCACUCCAAGGAUAGAGGGACCUUGUCUUCAAAUUACAGAACAGCCUAAACAGAGAGGAUUCCGAUUUCGCUAUGGCUGCGAAGGCCCCUCCCACGGCGGCCUCCCAGGUGCCUCCAGCGAGAAGAACAGGAAGACCUACCCCCAGGUCAAGAUCUGUAAUUAUCACGGCCCGGCCCGGGUUGUGGUUCAGCUGGUGACCAACACCAAGCAUCCCAACCUGCACGCGCACAGCCUUGUGGGAAAGCAGUGUGAGAAGGGCAUCUGCAUUUCCGACCUCCAACCCAAAGACUCCUGCAUCAGUUUUCCUAAUCUGGGUAUCCUGCAUGUGACCAAGAAGAACGUGAGCAAGACCCUGGAGGACAGGAUGAGUGAAGCCUACAUCCUGGGCUACAAUUACGGAGUCGCCAUCCACCCUGACAUAGACUCGCUUUCUGGGGAAACGCACAUCCAUAGGGAGCUGACGGAGCAGCACAAGAUCCUAAUCAGGCAGUCUGCCGCGCAGCAGGCCAAGGACAUGGAUCUGAGCGUGGUGCGUCUCAUGUUCACCGCCUUCCUUCCCGACGGCGAGGGAGGCUUCACACGCAGGCUCGACCCCGUCAUCUCCGAGCCUAUCUACGACAGCAAGGCCCCAAAUGCCUCGAACCUGAAGAUCGUUCGGAUGGACCGCACAGCGGGCUGUGUGACCGGGGGAGAGGAGGUCUACCUCCUGUGCGACAAAGUCCAGAAAGAUGACAUCCAGGUUCGGUUCUACGAGGAGGACGAGACGGGUAACUCUUGGGAGGCGUUUGGCGACUUCUCCCCGACCGACGUCCAUAGACAGUUUGCCAUCGUCUUUAAGACCCCCAAGUACCGAGACCAGAACCUGCAGAAGCCGAUCUCCGUAUUCGUGCAGCUGAAGAGGAAGUCAGACAACGAGACCAGCGAGCCGAAACCCUUCACAUACCACCCACAGAUCAUAGAUAAGGAGGAAGUACAGAGGAAGAGGCAGAAGACCUUGCCAAACUUCCCAGACUACGGUGGAGCAGGGGGCGGAGCCAGCAACAUGUACAGAGGGACAGGGGGUGGUCCCACAGCAGGGGGCGGGCACAGCAGUGGAGGAGGAGCAGGUCACUACUACCAGGGAUAUUCUACUUUUAACAACUUUAACUCCAGCUAUGGUUAUCCUCCCUCCAUGGGUGGGGGAGGUGCAGGUGUCAAGCACGGAGCCGGUCAGGGUCCUGUGGAAGACACUGACGAAGAUGGCGACUGCGAUCCGGACGAAGACCCGGCCUCAGGCGGUGGUAUCCGAGCCCAUGUCCGGGCCGGGGUCACAGCGGCGGGAGAGGGGAUUGAGGAGAGUGGAGCCGUGGACCCGGAACCUGCAGAAUGUGUGUUUGAGCCUCAUCUUGCCGAGCUGGCUAAAAAACACACGCGUGCGCUGUUCAGCUACGUGAUCACCGGGGACAUCUGCAACCUGUUGGCCCCACAGCGCCCCCUGAUGGCUGCUCAGGAUGAGAACGGAGACACUGGGCUGCAUUUGGGUGUGAUCUACAGUCAGACUGAUGCGGUGAAGAACUUAGCACAGGUUAUUACUGUGAUCCCUGGAGAAGAUGUACUUAACAUGAGGAAUGACCUGUAUCAGACGCCUUUGCACCUUGCGGUGGUGACUCGGCAGAAAGAGGCAGCAGAGGCUUUACUUAUGGCUGAAGCUGAUGUCACGCUCACCGAUCGCCAUGGUAACACAGCACUGCACCUGGCUGCCCAGCAGAAAGAUGGAGAAAUGGUGCAGUUACUGCUACGCCACAGAGCUGCGCUGGAGCUAACAGCAAUGGCCAACACAGCCGGCCUGUGUCCACUGCACCUGGCUGUGGUGGCCAACAGUCUGGGCAGCGUGAGGGCACUGCUGAAGAGUGGCGCGAGCCCGGAGGUUCAGGAGCGCACCAGCGGCCGCACACCGCUUCACCUAGCAACCGAGCAUGACAACGUCUCCCUGGCCGGCUGUCUGCUGCUGGAGGGUGAUGCCAAGGUGGACAGCCUGACCUAUAACGGCUCCACCCCCCUCCACAUCGCAGCAGGGCGGGGCUCCCCGAAACUGAGUGCACUUCUUGUGGCCGCAGGUGCAGACCCUCGUAAAGAGAACUUCGAGCCACUGUUCUUCAGUGACGAGGAGUGCAGUGCUCUAGACGAGGAAGCCGAGGAUGAUGAGGGCUAUGUUCCAGGGACCACCCCACUGAACAUGGCCGCGUCACCCGAGGUGCGGGAAAUUCUCAACGGAAAGCCUUACCAGCCGAGCAUUGCCGUCGAGCCGCAAGGGGACAUGCGGGACCUGGAUGGCGAGACCAAGCGGGCACUGUGCCAGUGUGUGGAGGAGUCGCUGGGUGGCUGGGAGAACCUGGCGCAGGCCCUUGGCCUGGGCGUGCUCACCAACGCAUUCCGCCUGUGCCCCCAACCCACCAGUGCGCUGAUGGACAGCUAUGAGGUGUCGGGUGGGACGAUUCGCGAGCUUCUUGCCGGCCUGAAAAGCGUUGGGAAUAGCGGCGCAGUGCGGAUACUGCAGGAGCACUGCAUGUGUGACGACACUGACAACAUGCACACCACCCAGCCACUCCCGGCUCCAGCUCGGGGUCUGUCUGAGGAACUGCGGGAGCAGAAGUUGUCUCCAGGAGACGAGGUUGGGGGUUGUGACAGUGGUGUGGAGUCUUUUCAGAGACCCAGCCUCAUCCUGACUGAUUUGCUCUGCGCACACCCGGAUCCGGGGUUCCCCGCCACCCUGACUGAAGCCUGACCCCAGAACUCUUACCCCGAUCCAUCAUGGAGCCAGUUGCCCGCCCAGCAAUGUUGCCAAAGCCCUCAACCAUCGACCUCUGAACUUUUAACCCUAAAAUCUGUACCCUUUGGAGCGACCUGCACACACUUUACCACUCUCCUCACCAUCCAGUUACCACCUGUGUACCUGGAAGCCCAGAGCCAGCCAUACUCCUCUGCAGCUGCCAAUCAAAUCUAGGACACACCCCUGAACUGUGUAAAGUGGGAGUGACGUCUGCAGAAGCUCUGGAUUUGUGCCUAUUGCGCAGCUCCUGGAAGAGCGAUUACCUAAGGAGUGCUAUAUUUUAUGGCUACAUAGAUCAUUUCUUUUUUUUUGUAUAUGAAUACUUUGAUCUGACUAUGCACCUGGUCGAGCCUUUCAGUUUUGUUUUGUUUUGUUUUUUUAAUUUAAUUGCUUGAAUUAUUAUUGUUAUUAUUCCGUACAGUUGUGUCUUUUGUUUUUGUUUUUUUUAUUUUAUUCGUUAGAUAUUGGUGAUAUGUUUUUCACAAAAGACGAGGUAAAAUGUACCUCAUGGCCCGACCCUCCUUUUCUCUUGGCAGAACGGAAUAGAUGCUAAUCCUAAUAUCUGAAUCGAUAUUAAUCCUAGUCUCAAACUAGUGAGGAUUUCUGGCCCUCACUGUAUAACUCCUUAAAUAAUCUGACUCCCAAUGAAGCAAGCAGCCCUGACUUGCUAUCCUUUUGUAUGUGAAAUAGUGAAAAUUUCAGUUCAUUAUUCAGGGCUUAUAAUGUUAUCUUUUUUAUGUUAAGUGGUUUUAAGUGAAUCUCGCCUCAGGAAUGGCGCACGCUAAGAGCACAUGAAAGCGAAGAUAAACGGCCCUUGUGUUUAGCGCUGGCUCGUGCUUUGUUUACCAAAGCUUCGCAUUCAGAG